AUGGACAGAAAAAAUAUUUUAUUGAAACAGAAAAUCGAAAAAGGUACAAAGUGGCUCGCAACGGGUAGAAAAACGGUGACAGGAUCAACUGCCGUGUUGUUACAUCCAGUAAAAGCAUUUUUAUCGCAUCAUCAUCCAUCUGUACUGUUGCCUAAGAUGACCAGUAAAGAAUUCAGAAAUAUUUUUGUAACAAAACAGAAAAUGCAUUCGUUUCCGUGUAUCACCCACGAACGAAUGCAUGUUGCAAAUGUGAAACACGCCCUGAAACUAACCUUUAUUAAAAAAACAUGCGUUCAAGCACGCAUGUUUCCGUUCUUCCUUUUAGUAUUUACCAUCGAUACGCCAGAUCAUUCGGAGAUAUAUGAAAAAGAAGAGGAGUGCGACGAUAACAGCUUCAAUGAGCCGGGAUACUGCAAGUUGAACUGUGGGACGGAGGAUGUGAUCGAAUAAAUCUUAGCAUUUAGUUAAUCUUUAUUAAGUAAAGCGGAAUGUGCCA